AUGGAAAACUACAAUAAUUAAAAAAUCCAUAAAAAUAAUUCUCAAGCGCCGAAAGAGGACAACUGUUAAAUUUAAGCUGAUUUAAAUAAUAUUCAUGCUUAAAGGCAAUAAUAUAAGAAACUAGAUAGCAUUCGAGAUUAUUAGGCCAAUGAAUUUAAAUAAGUGUGUUAAUUAUAUAGGUUGGACGUUAAGUUAAUUGGAUCCUUUGUUUAUGAUUAAGACAAGGUUGAAUUUCAAGUAUUACCAUUUUUAGAACCUUAUGAAUUAAGCAAGGGUUAUUUUAUAAAGGAUAAUGGUAUGUUUAAAAUUUUAAAAAGUAAUUUCUUAUAAUUUAGCAAUAUGGCUCAAUAUAUAAAUGUAUUGGUAAAGAUACUUGUGGAAAGGGAAGAUUGAUUCAUC